AAGACAAUAGUAGGCUACUAUGUAUGCCGAGGUUGAUCCGUACCUAGGUAGGUACCGGUGGGCGGGCAGUUGCCUACCAAGAAAUACGCCUAAGUUCCAAGGAAGGACCGCCGGAUGGAGGAGGGGCGGCCGCCUUACGCCUACACCUACGCCUGACGCCCGCUCAGUUAAACCCGUUCAUUCGUACCUGCCUACCCCGAAAAACCAUUCGAUCUUUGCAUUUAAUUGCACUCAGAAAAACUCGCCGAAUUGCAUCUUGCUUACUACUGCAGGUCAUCCUUAACGGUGCAGAGAAGUGGAAAAAGGCUAUUACAUAAUACCUAAGUACAUACCUUAAGGUUGUUCCCAUGAUCUCGCGAUUAUCACAAAUCUCGCGACACCUCUCGAGAUCCGCACCCAAUUUUAAUCGUUUAUCUGCUACGGCGACAUCAGGAUUUAGGACCGGCGGUCUUUCGUCAAGAAUCAUGGCUUCGGCGGAUGAGAAUAACAAGAAGACUAUACAUACGGCGGCCUGCCUAAUUAUCGGCGAUGAGGUGCUUGGAGGGAAGACAACCGAUACCAACUCGGCUUAUAUGGCCAAGUGGUGCUUUUCUCUAGGCAUAAAUUUGAAGCGAGUCGAGGUUAUCGAAGAUGACGAAGAUGAGAUUGUUGAGGCUGUGCGUAGGAUGAGUGAUCGCUACGACUUUGUUGUUACCAGUGGCGGCAUAGGACCGACACAUGAUGACAUCACCUAUCAAUCUAUCGCCAAAGCGUUCGGACUGAAGCUUAUACUGCACGAUGAGGCGUAUGCACGGAUGAAGAAGCUUAGCAGGCCUAACAAGGCUCAGCCCAAUUUCAGCUGGGACGUCGAUUCACCAGCUAAGACUGCGCGGCUCCGAAUGGUUCGGUUACCGAUUGACGAAUCUCGCGAACUAUCGAAACAAGUCAUAUUUACCCGCGACGACCUUUGGGUUCCUAUCUCCGUGGCAAACGGAAAUAUCCACAUUCUACCGGGAGUACCGAAAUUAUUCGAGUCCCUCCUUGAAGGCGUCAAGCCGUUCGUAGUCGACAGAUUGGUAGACCCGGAUGGCAAAGGAAUCGCUAGAGUUAUUAUCUCUACACCGUUGCCUGAGAGCGCCGUCGCCGAUUAUCUCACCGAACUAGCGGGCAAGGUCGCAGCCAAGGGUGUGAAAGUCGGAAGUUAUCCUCGAUGGGGCAAGAAGAAUAACACCAUCACUCUAGUCGGAAGGGAUAGAGAUUACCUCGAGAGCCUUGUUCCGGAGGUGGUUACGAAUGUCAAGGGAAGGCGAAUUCACGUGGAAGGAGAGGAUGAUGAUGAACCCGAGGCAGCAUCCUAGCAGUGGCUCGAUUAUUUACUGUGAGCCAGGAUGAACAUAUACGGAGCAUUUGAUAUUUCGGCAUAUCCCCCCGCGUUGCGUUCAUGGAUGGAGAAGGUAUUAGCAUGAUCUUCGGUGGUCGUGCAGCUAGCUCGGCGAUUUUUGUCUAGGCUCCCUCUCCCCGCGAAUAGCUUCCCUAACUAAUUAUCCCUUACUCGGACCGCUUCCGGUUUGAGGGGGCUAUUGGCCAAAAUGAACUCAUUAAGCGAUGUACAAAUCAUAGGAUUUAGCAUCUGCAAUUGUCAAUAGACUUAAAUACGUAGAGUGGCACGCGUACAAAUCCGAGCAAAUGAGAAUUUUGAUGUUUCUCCGAAGAAUAUCAAACACGUUAUUAGUAAUAACUACCCGGAUACUUGAGUAGGUAUCUGAUAAACAUUGAGUUGGAAUCAUGAGAUCUUUCCCCCUUCACUACAAGAAGAGCGAGCUAUUUCUGUGUUCGCGGGGUUAGAUAUCCCUGCUGGGGUAGGAAAAGGCGUUUCUCGACAAUUCCGGUUAGAGGAUCAUGCUUCAUGACACCCACAUGCAUACUAUAGUAGUUACAUGUAGAUACGC